AUGACAAACAUUCGCUCCCUGGCUGGCCUCCUUGUUGCCUUCAGCAUUGUCCAGAGCAGCUGGCAGGUUCCUCUUCACGAUGUCUCAAGCUCAGAGACCGAUGACGAUUUAGUGAAGAGGCACUCCGAGGGAACCUUUACCAAUGACUACAGCAAAUAUCUUGAAGAUCGGAGAGCUCAGGACAUUGUUCGAUGGUUAAUGAACAACAAGCGGGACGGCUCUAUGGAAAAACGUCACGCUGAGGGGACCUUUACCAGCGACGCGAGUUCGUACCUCCAGGAUCAGGCCGUAAGAGACUUCGUGGCCGGGCUCCUGUCGGGACAGAUCCGAAGAGAAUGGGAUGUCACGAUGCAGGGUCAAAGGUUAAACCCGAGAAGGCACGUGGACGGAAGCUUCACCAGCGAUGUGAACAAGGUCCUCGACUCCAUGGCGGCCAAGGAGUUUUUACUCUGGGUCAUGACCUCUAAGUCUUCAGGGGGGAGUGAAAGAAGACAAGCCGACCACUGA